AUGGUACGUAUUGUCAUGGAAGACUCCAGCGCCUGGACCAGCGAGCAUGAGUACUCGCUCUUGUACCACAACUUCCUCCACAAGAAACCUCUCAGCAGCACCGACGUGAACCAGUUGAAGUGUACCAACGUCAAUCAGGUCACCGUGAUUUCCCGUGGUCUCGAGAACGAGCGGAAGGAUGGUCCGCCAUCGGGAAUGGCAGUGAGGCAAGAAGACCAAGCAUGUUGUCAAAGCGGGCAGAGCAAAUCUGAUUACAUGGUCCCGGAAAGCUCCCAUUGCAAAGAAGGCCUGUUCGGCGAGGCGUGGAAGGGAGUGGUCGACGGGAUAGUAAAGGUUCAGGUCAGAGUUGGCCUGCCCAGCUAUUCAUCGCUCGACCGCGGUCGUAAAAGGGGGCUCGGAAGGUGGUUGAGCCGCUGCAAAUGGCCCUCUCGCCUACCUUACAUGAGGUCCUUGCACCCGACGAAGGAACUUUGGGCUCUGUCCACCAGCUUCGAUCUUUCAUACCAUAUUCGCAGUCGAAUACCAUUGCUGGACUUCGUAACGGACGAAAGUGUUUGCCCUGCUGACGUGUAUAUCAACAAAAUAUUAUUAUCACUCACCAUCCCGCUCACGCCCGCAAUUCGUGGCGGCCCAUGGGCUUCGAGCUCCAGCGGCGGCAAGCGCGGUACCGCAUCCAAGGUGCACCAGGGCGGCAAGGGCAAGACAGUGCCAUAUACAGAAUGCGGGCACCGUAUUGCGACCAGGCUACCAUUCACCUUCGCUCUGGAAGAUUUCAGCGCCUGGAUCGAUCAACAGGAGAACCCGCUCCUGUACCCCAGCCCCCUCCAUGAGGAGCCCGUCGCCAGCAAUGGCGCCAGCAUUGACACCAGCUCACGUACGCCAACUCCGAGCAGAGAAAAUGACCGUGUCCUCAAACCGGAUGUGAUCAGCCACCAGCGGAGAUUGGUUAAUACUACGGCGAUGUUCCGGCGCAGAGGUCUCGAAGCCGAGCGGCGGCGAUCAGGGCACGCAGCAGUCCUGCACGAGGAUAAAGUAUCCAUCGUUGGAGAGAUGAAGGACCACGAGAACAGACUUGGGCUCUUCAAGCCAGCCAGAAUCCCAUUUAGAACCUGA